AUGCCGGAUCAACCAAGAUUAAAGCUCAUUGACGAAAACUCAAUAGGGAAUGGGCUCGAUGCCUUCCGCGCCCUUUUCACUUCGAUUUGCAGCACCAGAAACGUUGUCUCUACGGCAGACACACUUGGUCAACUUGGUCACGAAGAUCUCCGCAACCUUGCGCUCGUUCUUCUCCCGUCCUUACGAAGUCUCCCAGUCUCGGGCCUGCUCCUGUCGACAACUGGAAGUAGCAGCCUCCGAACCGACCUCCUUAGACUUAUUUCUUCUGUAGCCUCUAAUGACUUCGACUUCAACCGCAUCAAACCGCUCCUCAAGGCAGCAAUCGCUGACACGAUUCAAGAUGCGCAGAUCUGGGACCUUGUAUCUAUCGCAGUCGUCGAAUCCACUCCACCUCUCCGACCGAUACCAUCCUCCCUCCAGCAAACCCCAUGGAGCCAAAACACGAGCAGCUUCGCGAACUCGUCAGAAUACCGCCGGGAUAUGGAUCCGGUCCUUAAACUGGAACUCGAGCACCUAUACGUCGGACUUCCGGAUUUCCAUAAGUCUUUCUUUGGGGACAUCCCAGAACUUGACGUGGUUUCUGAGGCGGUCUUCCGCGAGUGUACAGAAGGCGACAACCCACUUUUCAAAGAGGGUUGGAGUGGAUGGCCAGCACGCGCUAAAGAGAGCGACGUGUUGACCUGGAUUGACGGCCUAAUUUUGAAGCUGGAAGCAUUCGUAGGCGACCGCCUUUCGACAUCGGUGACUGGGCGAAAGCUGUUGGCGCAGCCGAGGACGGCGUUGGAGGGCUCCACAGCCAAGCGCAGCAUGGAUAUCGGCUUCGUCAAUAGCGAUGUCACAUAUGAACCUAACCAUAUUGAUCCGAAAUAUCGCUGGUCACACGUCCUCGUCGCCGGUGAACUAAAAAGUAACCCGAAAGCCGAUAUAGCAUCGAUUGCAUGGACUGAUCUCGCGAGGUAUGCGAGAGAAGUGCUCGCCGCUCAAGAUACUCGUCGCUUCGUCUUGGGAUUUACCCUCUGCGGUUCUCUUAUGAGGGUAUGGGAGUUUGACCGGCUCGGGGGGAUCGCUUCCGAACAAUUUGACAUAAACAGGGAGGAAGGUGGACUGCAGUUUGUGACCACAAUCCUCGGGUUUCUCCGGAUGAACGAAGAGAUGCUCGGGUUUGAUCCUACCAUAAUAAUAGCACGGGGCCACAAAUAUAUCGAGAUUGAACGAAACGGCCAGUCAGAGUGUCUCAUCCUUGACAAGGUCAUGAAGCGCGCACCAUGCAUUGCAGGCCGAGCGACAACUUGCUGGAAAGCCUAUCGCAAAGGUUAUCCGCAUACGCCUCUAGUGAUAAAGGACUCGUGGCAGUACACUGACCGGGACGAAGAGGGUGAUCUGAUUCAAGAAGCGACUAAGAAAGGCGCGAUUAAUGUUGCCCGUUACUAUCACCACGAGACUGUUCGCGUCCGCCAUUCUGAUGACGAAAUCCGAAAUAAUGUUCGAAAGAGACUAGACGUCACCAAAGCUACAAAUUACCGGUCAGGACGUGCGGUAUUGCCAUCGAGUUCCAGCACGAUGAGCACUUCACGCAAAGGGCGAAGCGGCAGCUCCGGGGUGAAGCGUCCAUCAAGCGAAACUGACGCUGCUCUGCCACCGAGCAAGCGAUCUUGUUCGGCAUCCCCAACAAAACCCAACCUGGACGCAUUGUCAAAUCGGAUACAUCGACGUGUCAUUCUUCGGGACUAUGGGAAGCCAAUCUACAAGGCAAGCUCCCGCGCGGCCCUGCUUUCUGCUCUGGUGGACUGCAUUGAAGGUCACGAAUCCUUACACAAGGCUGGCUUCCUCCACAGAGACAUCUCCAUCAAUAAUCUCAUGAUGAAUGAGAAUAAGGAGAACCCUUCUUGGCGAGCCUUUUUGAUUGACCUGGACCUUGCUAUAAGGGUGCAUCGAGACGGGGCUUCGGGAGCCAUGGGAAAGACUGGUACUAGGGCGUUCAUGGCUAUCGGUGCAUUACUAGGGGAACAGCAUUCUUUCAUGCACGAUCUAGAGUCUUUUUUCUGGGUACUCUUUUGGAUAUGCAUACAUUACAACGGACCAGAGGACAGCCGGACUGUGCAGCGAUUUGAAAAGUGGAAUUACGUGGAGAUGGCCGAGUUGGCAGAGCUGAAGAAAGGUCAGGUAUCCCAUGAACAAGAUUUCAUUAAGACUACAAGCGAGUACUUCACAACACUUUACACACCAUUGAUACCCUGGGUUAACAAGCUGCGCAAGGUUGUGUUUCUCAAUGGCAGGAGAUGGGAGAAGGAGGACGAUGAGCUGUAUUUGCAGAUGAAGAUUGUUCUCCGCGAUGCCAUAACGGACCCCACUGUGGGCACUGCUUCAAUUGUGACGACGCUCUGA